AUGGAGCUCCAAAGAGCACAACGAAAUCUGAAGUUUUUACAGAAUGGAGACUCUAUAAAUGUUACUGACCAUAUUAACCUGAACGGCGAGAGUGAGAAAUCCUGCUCAUUGAAUAUAGAAACCCAAGUACCAGAAGCACAAUUUUCCUUGUCUUCUGAUGAUGAUUCAAUGAGUAAACAAGAAAACAAAGUUACUACACAAGAAACAUGUAUGGCAAAAGAAGUUAUUAAAAACGAUAUGGAAAUGAAUAAAGAUGCAAAUACUAUAAAUUCUGAAUCGAAUAGUAUUUUUCAGCCUGAUUUAGGUGAUCCGGAAAUACUUGAAAAGAAUAUAUUGAUCAACACUCAAAUUCAAAGCCGGCUUGAUGACGCAGAGGAGGAAACAAAUCUAAAGUUAAAGCUUCAACAAUUCAAGUAUGCGUUUAAAGACAAUGACUCAAGUGGUAGUCUCAAUAAUGCUAAUAUAGCGACAAAAAGAAGACCAGCAAUAAGGAAAACCAGUGCCAAAAAAAAACUCAAAGCCAAGAGUACACGAGAUCCUAAAAUUAUCAAGAAUAUAACCGAUUUUAAUAUUAAUAACUACGAACGUUCAAGGACUGUUAGCUUAUUAAAACAAUUAUCGGGUAAGCAUAAGAAAGUUUUAGACAUAAUAAAGACACAAAAUGAGGGAAACAAUAAUAAACCAUUCAAUUCAGGAAUUAACAAAGGUGAAGUCGCUAGUUUUGACACCUAUAGCGAACAGGAGUGGAAACAUAUUAUGACAUUGCUUCUACAGAAAUUUCCCCAUAGUGAGGAAACUGACUUGAAUGAAGUUCAGAAGUUUUUAUAUGGAUCCGAUCAUAACUUAAUUUCUGUAGACAAUCAAGAAACCUCGCAGCAAAAGCUCUGGACAGCAUCACAAUUACCCCCUGAACUUUCCGACCAGUCUAUUCAAUUAGAACAAGAAACAAGGACACAAAAUACCCAAAGUGCAGUAAAUUUCUUAUCGUUGUCUCAAGUGAUGGAUGAUAAAAGUGAAAUUAUAAAAGACGAGGAAAGUAUAAUCACUUCCGGAGAUUUUUCUACCUCCCAAGAAUAUGGAAAUAAGCUAGAGGUACAAAAAACGUCAGAAAAUCUUCCUGGAAAAAGUAUUGAAUUAACUGUAGGAACACGUGUAAAUGGAUUUUCACUUACGGAGCAUACGGCUUGCAAACAUGUGCCAGCUAAAGUAGAUACAAGGUGCGGAAACAGCAAGGAAAAUGACCGUGAGGAUAUUUCUGUUGUCUCAGAUACUACAGAUGAGACGUCUGUAUUUGCGUUGGACCCGUAUCGAUAUGUUUUCAUAGAAAAUGAAGACAAACCAGCAUUAACCACUGAUACCAUGGGUAGCUCACAAUUCUUCACCCCAAAUACAUCACCCCUAGAUGGAAUAAUCGAUUUGACUCAGGAAUCGUUUAAAGCUGUUGGGUCAUUAAUAUCGCCUUUAAAGGUAGAAAACAGUGAGACAACAGCAGUAUCACAGAUAUCGAAUCAAGUUCAGGUUCCGGCUACAAGAAACCCUACUAUUAUUCCUCAAAAGAAUCUUACUACACCAUUAAAAAAGGAACAAGAAAAAGUCGAUACAGAAAGUGGUGCUAUCAGAGUCAAAUUAUUGCAAGAAAAAGUGAGUGAGCUAGACUCAGAACUAGUGCUAUGUAACUGCCAUAAAAUUGAGGUUAAUGACUCUGAAGGAGAGGAGAUAGAAUUAGAUGACCAAUUUUGUAUUGCUUAUAUUCAACCCGCACACUUGCACAAAACAGUGUAUAAACCAGAUCUUGCUACCGGAAUCAAUAUCAAUGAGGCCCCUGCUGCAAGUUCCACCACUUCACCUAAGAAAUUUUCUGAGAUCAUCAUGUCACAGUCAAUGAAGGAACUUCGACAAAAGCUGAAAACAGUUGGGCUGAAACCUAUGAAGACAAAAAUAGAGAUUAUACAAUCUUUACAAACCGCAUCACAGGUUUUGUCCAUAACCACCCCAGAUAAUAAUGACGAGCAUGAUGAAGCAGCAAGCUUUACUAAGAUGGAAAUAUUUGAUCAUUUAACUGAGUUAAUUCAGUCUUCUCCUGAUUUUUUAGAGCGGAUAUAUACCUUCGAACCCAUUCCGUUAAAUGAACUUACUGAAAAGUUAUUUAGUGUCGAACCAUUUGUCUCACAAAUCGACGAGAUGACCAUCAGAGAAUGGGCCGAUGUUCAGGGGAUAUGUCUAAGAAACGAUAAAAAAUAG